AUGUCGUCCCUUCAAGACAAGGACUGUACGGUGGGCAGCGGAAGACGAGAUGAGAGCCAGUCGCCCAGCCUUCCUAGGAUAUUGAUCAUCGGCGCCGGCUCUCGCGGCCUCACGUAUGCCCGGGCGGUAAGAUCUUCGAACAACGGCGUCGUCACGGCAGUGGCCGAGCCCAACGAAUACAAGAGAACCCGGCUCGGCCAGGCCACAAUAUGGGGUACCCAGGAUCCGCCUGCUGAGGGAGCCGUGUUUGGCGACUGGGUUGAAUUCGUUGCUUAUGAAGAGCGCCGUCGAGCCCGUGUCUUGGCAGGCGACAAAGAUGUGCCCCCGGGCGUGGACGCCGUGUUCGUGUGCGUCCUAGACGAUAUGCAUCGGGAAGUUGUUAUUGCACUCACCAGGCUCGGUGGGCUGCACAUAAUGUGUGAGAAACCACUGGCUACGACUCUCAAGGACUGCAUAGAUCUGUAUCUAGCCCUGGGAUCCAACACGACCGCCAAGGGCGAGCAGGCCGUCUUCUCCAUCGGUCACGUCCUUCGCUACAGCCCGCACAACAAGAUGCUAAGAAGACUGAUCCAUGAGCAUCAUGCCAUUGGUGACGUUUUGUCGGUCGUACACACGGAGCCCGUAGGCUGGUGGCAUUUCACUCAUAGCUACGUUCGCGGGAACUGGCGGCGGGAGAGCACUGCGGCCCCGAGUCUCCUCACGAAGAGCUGUCACGACAUUGAUGUGUUGUUGUGGCUACUUUGCUCACCCCCGGACUAUUCCGCACGCGACUGUCCCCCUCCCCAUCUCCCCUCGACAGUCUCGAGCAUGGGCUCUUUGCAGUAUUUCAAGAAGAGUCGAAAACCGCAGGCAGCAGGCGCGGCAACAAACUGUCUAUCGUGCCCCAUCGAGGAGACGUGUAAGUACUCCGCGAAGCGCAUAUAUCUCGGCAAGGAGCUGGUCGGUUUGAGCUCCGGCAACAAGAACUGGCCGGUGAGUAUUGUCGUGCCCGAUAUUGAGUCAUAUGGAGACGAGAAAGGGGCGAGCGAUGCCUUGCUUCUGGAGCUAGGAAAGGACUACAAUGCGAGUCUGCCAGACUCGCAGGUUGCUCGGAGAAACUGGUUUGGCCGCUGCGUAUACGAGAGCGACAAUGAUGUGUGCGAUGAACAGGUAGUUACGAUCACCUGGGAAGAGGAUCAGAUCCAGCCGGCGCCCUCGUCCCACGAGACUCCGGAGGAUGAAGGUGGAACAUCCGAUCCCAUACAUGGGCGCGGAGCAAAGAUGGCUAUCUUUCACAUGGUGGCCCAAACCAAAGCGAUCUGCGAACGAUACACACAUCUGUACGGUACCGAUGGCGAGAUAUACGCCGACUCGACAACUAUCACAGUCCAGGACUUUCGCACCGGGAAAUCAACUACCCAUAGACCCCGCCUUGAGAGUGCCGGUCACGGAGAUGGCGAUGUUGGACUGACUAGGCAAUUCGUUCUCGCUGUCGACAAGGUCAAGAAUCACGGUUGGUCUACGGAUAGGGCGCAGAAAGAAAUAAUCGGCUGCACUCUCGAAGAAGUGAUCCGCAGCCAUGCGAUGGUAUUCUGUGCAGAAAAGGCUCGAAAGAACAGGACGGUGGUCGACUGGCAGCAGUGGUGGGCGGCUGAAGUCGAGAGCAGGCUGAGCCAAAACCCAAAUCCGUGA